CUGCAAUAUUUGUAUUACUAUUACUUAUAUAGCCAUAUUUACGUAAGACGACUAUUCUCUUUAUCACAAUGUAAUUUAAAACCCUAGCACAACCAUGAACAUGAUGUUGAAGAGAAGCAAAGUAGAAGAAGAAUCUGUGGAGAAAUUUGCAAUGGCGAAUUGUGCGGAUAUAAUGAAGAGGAACGAGUUGUUAGAACGACCUAAUCUGAUCUUUAAGUGCAAGAAACGAUUUGAAUCAUUUCAAGCACUUGGCGGACACAUGACAAGUCACAAGAAUAAGCUUACGACCAUGAGUACUAACGGUGAACUAUUACAUGUUAAUCUACAAAAACACGAAUGCUCUAUUUGUGGUAAAAAAUUUGCAACUGGACAAGCUUUGGGAGGACAUAUGAGAAAACAUCAAGAUGAAUUGAAUCAACUCGAGCAUAAGAAGAAGAAGAAGAUGAAAUUGGACGAGAGUUUGAUCAAGAGUGGCCGUGAACUUGCAGAAGCUCUGAAUUCGAAGAGUGAUGAACUUCAUGACAAAUUGGAUCUUGAAAGUAGUAAAAGAACUUUGUUCUUGGGUUUGAAUUUGGAUUUGAAUUUGACAAUAGAUGAGAAUGAGUUGAGGACGGGGUAAUUUUUCUUUUCUAAUUAUGAUUAUAACUGUCAAAUUAGAUUUUAGGCCUAACUCAUAACUCAAGAGCUAAUUCAAAAGGAGUAGGAUUGUAUGAGACUUUUAUAAAAAAAUUUAACAGUAACUAAUUAUACAGUUAAGAGAUUGUAGAAAUCUAGUUAGAUGCUUAAAAAUUUCAGUUUU